AUGCUGCACACGGCCGGAACCAUCGUCGACGGGCUGGUCGACCUCACAAACCAUCUUCGUCUUACAGAGACUCCAGACUGCAUUGAAUCUUUUCUUUGGGUCUCUGAUCUUGGUUGCCGCAGCAAACUGCGGGUUGGUGGCCUCGUCCAGCAAGAUUUUACCACAGUUCAUGCAAACGCACUCGCAAACUUUCUUGAUCUUUGUAACAAAACCGAUGUGGAAAACUGGUUUGGCAAGCUCGAUGUGACCGAAAUGUCCUGGACAUUCCUGCAUAUCUUCGGAACAGGUCUGACACCGGAAGUUUCUGUCAAUCGAACCCAAACGAGGAUCAUUUAA